UGGGGGCAGCGGGGCGCUUCACCGUGAGGCUUGCGCCACGGCCGCGCUGCGCCCCAUGCACUCGCCAGGGCGCGUCAUGACGGGGCGAGGGCCCUCGCUUGGCCACCCGAGGCCACGCCCGUGACUGCCCCCCCCCCCCGGGCACACGGGGCGGACAUCUCACGGCACUGGAAGUGUCCAUAAAGCCUUCCGGGGCGGCUGAAUUUAGCUGUGCACCCGGGCCCUACCCUGGUCUCCCAGCUUCGCUCUCUGGACGGCCUCCCUCACUACGCAAAGUGACCCGCAAGACCUGGAGCGUCCUCGUGGUCAGAGGCGCACCGCGGGGAAGCAGUGUCCUACGGCUCCCGGCCAGUCCGGCGCACGGCCCGAUGGAGGCUCACGGGGCAGACGGGAGUGGUGACGCCAUUCUGAGCCCAUCUCCAGGGCUACCUUCCAGGCCGGAGCGGUGGGUUUGGCCCACCUGGACUACGUGGCUGACAGGGCAAGGCCCAAGGAAGAGCACAUUUCAGACCUUGAGGAGAGAAGUGCACUCCCCAGGUGGUUCGAUGUGCCUGGGCCACUGCAGUCUCCCCCAGGAGCCCGUCUGCUGUGAGUGCCAGGUCAAGUUCCAGGGCCACUGGCCUGUGCCCAGGGCUGAGGCAGCACUGCCGUACUGGGUCCCUCUGUCCCUGAGACCUCAAAAGCAGAUCCCCAGGAUGGUCCAGUUUUGUAUCCCCAAAGCCACCAAGACAUGCGCCUGCCCGUGCCACCACUUUGGGGGCCGCCUCCCGCUGCCUAGGACCAAGGCUGUGAUGCCGUACUGGGUGCCGCGGGGGCUGAGGUCUCAGAGGAAGGUGGUGAGAAAGCAGCGGAAUCUCAAGGCCCUGCAAGGUGACUGGGCCAGCGGGUGGCUCACCUCCCCUCCCUGGGAAGGGGGUCCCAGGAGCCUCCUGGUGGGAGGGGAGGGUUCGCUCCCCCAGACGUCUGCGGAACAGGGGACAUUGCUGUGCCUCCCUGCCCACCAGCGGUCAGCACCACCCGCGGCUCUUUCCCAGUGUCCCAGGGGGCUGCAGCUGCCCGUCUCUCAGCCUUGCUGGGCUGGGCAGGGUCUGCAGUGUUUCAGCUGCAGGCUCCUCAGCUCGAGGUGUGGUGUGCGUGCAUGCGUGUGACCAUGAGCGUGUACCGUGAUCGUGGCAU